ACAGGACAGGUUAAGAGAGGACAUGGGAGCCUUUUUUGGGCCGUGACCUCAUGUUACGAGAUAAUCGGAAAGGAGAAGACAAAGGAAAAGGACAUAAUGGAUCAGAACAGACUGUUCUGAUCCUACCAAAUUCAGAGAAGAGCAAGGAGUUGUCAUGUGAAACACACUUUUGUACUUUCUACUACUAAAAUUAAGAUCAUCCAUAUAUCAUUUAACAUCACUUUCUGCUUUGGGGGUUUUGAUCUAAAGGCUGAAAAAACUCUGGGAUGAAGGAAUUUAAGGAAAGGAGAUUAUUUGCUUCUCACAUCUGCAUAUUAUCCGUCUCCACAUGGGAUCCUGAACGUAAAGUACCAAUACUAAAAGAAGGGAGGAGAUGAGUAACAAAGGCACGAGACAAGAGGAGAGACGAAGGGAGGAGAUGUGUCCUCUUCCAGCUCUCGGCAACAGGCUUUUGUGUCUAUCAGUUUGGAUUAGACACAUAGAAAAUCCAUGUUCACACUUUGGUUUGCACAGCUUGGAUGUUUGCUGUCUUUUCACCAUCAAAACUAGUCACAGUUGGAAGUGAUUUAAGUACAUUUCCAAAGAGUCAACACACUCAAGGAUGAUUACGCUUAAAAAAGAAGUCGCUCCUUUCACAAGACCAAGCGUUUGACGGGGAGGAGAGAUUUCAAGUAGGAACACCCCGGUGUGUAAUCUGUGACAGAGCAGGAGACUUCCAAUAUGAUAAGGAUUUUAGCAGAUUGUAAUAAAACCAAACAUGGAUGAGUAGGCCCAUUGUGAAGUCAAAUUGAUCGACUGGUUGUUAGAGAAUAUGCGUACUGUUGCCGUGCCGUGCUUAUUAAGAAAGAUUGUAUUUUCUUGUGUGGUUGGUUUAAAGCCCUGGGUUGAGAAAUCUUGAGUUAUGAGCACUCAAUUUUUUUAUUCUCUCCCAUUUUUGUUUAACCAGAUUGAAGAAAACCACAGAAGAAGAAGAAGACGAAGCAGCAGACGACUAGCCAGGGAGGAGGAGGAGAGAGGGGAUUUGAGUUUCUGUGUUGUUGAUGAGCACGUGUCCUCAGACAGUGUGACUGAGCAGAAAGGCGGGGCGUCGCUGUAUUUGGGGGCAGACCUUCGUGUCACACACCGAUGAUGGAGAGGAGGAUGGACGCAGCACUGCUGGUGCUGUUCCUGGUACACCUCGCCACAACGCUGGAGGUCCCACUAGACCUUCUGGAAGGAUUGCCGCAGCCACCGACCAUAACUCAUCAGUCCCCCAAGGAUUACAUCAUCGACCCACGAGAGAACAUUGUAAUCCACUGCGAGGCGAAGGGCAAGCCACACCCCAGUUUCUCCUGGACCAGAAAUGGGACCCACUUUGACAUCGACGAAGACCCCAACGUGACCAUGAAGCCCCACACUGGGACCCUGGUGGUGGACAUCAGCAGAGCGAAGGCCGAGCAUUACGAGUGCGUGUACCAGUGCACAGCACGGAACAAACACGGAACUGCUGUUUCCAACAACAUAGUCGUACAACAGUCCAGGUCCCCCUUGUGGUCGAAGGAGACAAUCAAGCCAUUCGUCAUUCAGGAGGGCGUGUCCUUGGUGCUGCCGUGUCGACCCCCUGCUGGCCUGCCUCCUCCCAUCAUAUUCUGGAUGGACGAUAACUUCCAGAGGCUGCCGCAGAGCAGGAGGGUGUCCCAGUCCCUAAACGGAGACCUUUACUUCUCCAGUGUACUCCGAGAGGAUUCCAGGAACGACUACAUCUGCUACGCCCGCUUCCCGUACACACAAACCAUCCAGCAGAAGCAACCCAUCACCGUCACGGUCCUCAAUCUGGAUGCAAUCAAUGACACAAUGGCAGCUUUUUACAAUGACACUGAUUUAUUUAGUGAAGACCCAGCAGAUGAGAGGAAGCCAACCUUCCUCAUCCCAUCUGGCCCCUCCAGCUCCAAGAUGGUGUUGAGAGGACAGGUGCUGGAGAUGGAGUGUAUUGCCGAAGGACUGCCCACCCCUGACAUAUCUUGGACCAAAGUGAGCGGCGACCUCCCGGCCAAGCGCACAUCUUUCCUGCACUACCAGAAGACCCUCCAGAUUGUGGACGCGUCUGAGUCAGACGCAGGAGAUUACCGCUGCACCUCCAGGAACCCGCUGGGCUCGGUGCACCACACCAUCCACGUCACGGUCAAAGCUGCUCCAUAUUGGAUCAGCGGCGCCCCCAGGAACCUUGUCCUAGCUCCGGGAGAGAGCAGUGUGCUGACCUGCAGGGCCAGUGGCACGCCCAAGCCCUCCGUCUCCUGGUCUAUGAACGGCGUCCCCAUAGAGAAUUCCCCGAAGGAUCUCAGCAGAAAGGUGGAGGACGACACCAUCAUCUUCACUGAUGUGCAGACUGGAUCCAGCGCCGUCUACCAGUGUAAUGUCUCCAAUGACUUCGGUUACCUGCUGUCCAACGCAUUCGUCAAUGUGCUCUCGGAGCCGCCCAGAGUGCUGACACAAGCCAACAAAGUUUACCAGAUCAUCAAAAAUCACCAGGCCUUGAUAGACUGCGCUUCCUUCGGGUCACCCAUCCCUAAAAUUACAUGGUUCAAAGACAGUCGGUCCAGUACCCUCGAUGGAGACCCUUACAUCCUGCAUGACAAUGGGACUUUGGAGAUCCACGUCGCUCAAGCUCACAAUAGUGGCAAAUACACAUGUGUGGCCAGAAACAUCCUCGGUAUCUACGAGAACCACAUCUAUCUGGAGGUCAAAGAGCCCACCCGAAUCCUGAAGCAGCCGGAGUACAAAGUGGUCCAGAUGGGCAGGUCUGUGGUGUUUGAGUGUAAGGUGAAACACGACCCCUCGCUCAUCCCCACCAUGACCUGGCUCAAAGACGACGGAGAGCUGCCCGAUGACGAGAGAUUAAUCGUAGACUCUGACAGCCUCACCAUCAUUGAUGUGACAGAGAGCGAUGCGGGGGUGUACACCUGCAUCAUGAACACCACUCUGGACCAUGACUCAGCCAGCGCUGAGCUCACUGUUGUCGAGGCCACGACACCAGCUGUUGUCUACGAGCGACCCGACCCCCCAACUGACCUGGAGCUGACAGACCACAAAAAGAGGAGUGUUCAGCUCACUUGGAUCCCUGGGGAUGAACAUAACAGUCCUAUUCAGAAAUUUCUGAUCCAGUAUGAAGACUCCCUGCACCACCGAGGGCACUGGCAUAAUCUUACCGAGGUCCCCGGCACCAGGACGACAGCUCACCUCAAACUGUCACCAUACAUCCACUACACCUUCAGAGUUUUGGCCCUCAACGCUGUGGACUUCAGCCGCCCCAGCUUCCCGUCCAGAAUGGUUAAGACAGAAUCUGCAGCUCCAGACGAGAACCCAACAGGUGUACAGGGAUUUGGAACAGAACAUGAUAAUCUUGUAAUCUCAUGGAAGCCGCUGUCAGGCCUCCAGUCUAACGGUCCAGGGCUUCACUAUAAAGUAAUGUGGAGGCAGAAGGUGGUGGACAGCGAUUGGACCACAGUGACUGUGGCUAACAACUCCAAGUUUGUUGUGUCUGGAACGCCCACAUUUGUUCCUUAUGAGCUGAAAGUUCAGGCAGUGAACGACCACGGAGCUGGACCUGAGCCUGCUAUUGCCCACGGCUACUCAGGAGAGGACUUGCCAGUAGCAGCUCCAGAGAAUGUGCAGGCGGUGUUGCUAAACAGCACUCUGGCAGAGGUGCACUGGGAUCCUGUUCCCUCUAAAUUAAUACGAGGACAUCUCAAAGGAUACAAGGUGUACUACUGGAGAGAGCACAGCCUCCACAAACACAACCCCCAUCUAAUGGAGAACCAGAUCCUGACCUUCAGUGGGAACCACACCCACAGAAUGCUGCCUGGCCUGCACCCCUUCAGUCGCUACUCAUUCAAUGUCAGGGUUUAUAACGGCAAGGGAGAGGGUCCCCCCAGCCCCACCCUGCGGUUUGAUACACCUGAAGGAGUGCCGGGUGCUCCUACUUCCCUGGUAGUCACCAAUCCCAACCUGGACUCUCUGACCCUUGAAUGGAGUCCUCCUCAUGACCGUAAUGGACGCAUCACUGGCUACACCCUCAAAUAUCAGCCAGUAGUCAAUAACUCCAAUGAGCUGGGCCCAGUGGAGGAGCUGGCCCUGCCCGCCAAUGAGACCUCAGUCACUUUGCUCAACCUCAAGUACAGCACGCGCUACAAGUUUUAUUUGAAUGCGAAAACAGUCAGGGGAGCAGGCCUGGCCAUUUCUCAGGAAGCUGUCACCAUCGUGGAUGAAGCUCUAAUAUCACAGCAUGACGUAGAUGUGGGCGCAGGAAACACGCAAACCCCUCAUCCCAUUGCACGGUCUCCUCCACGCCGUCCGCCCCACGAGGCGCGGCCUGUGAAUCCUUUCGGGAACGUUAGCUCCUUGUCUGGAGAGGACGGGACCCUGAUCAGUUGGGAGUACUGGGGCCCCGAGCAAAACUUUUAUGUAGAAUACAUAGUGAAAAACAGUGAAGGUGAAGAGGAGUGGAAGAAAGAGCUUGUGAACGGCACUCAGAAUGUUAUGCUGAAGGGCUUAAAGGGGGGCCUUUCCUAUAGGGUGCGUUUGGUGGCCAAAGGUCACCACGACCAGCCGCUCCACCUGUCUGAGGAGCUUUUGGUCUCGGUCCCAGCUGUGGCGAGCCGACAGGUAGACAUCGCCACUCAGGGAUGGUUCAUUGGCCUCAUGUGUGCCAUCGCUCUGCUCAUCCUGAUCCUCCUCAUUAUCUGCUUCAUCCAGAGGAAUAAGGGAGGAAAGUACCCUGUCAAAGAGAAGGAGGACGCACACACAGACCCAGAGUUCCAGCCAAUGAAAGACGAUGACUGUACUUUUGGGGAAUACAGUGACAAUGAGGACCAUAAACCAUUAAAAGGGAGCCGCACGCCGUCUAAUGGGACAGUUAAGAGAGACAACAGUGACGACAGUUUAGUUGACUACGGGGAAGGAGGAGACGGACAGUUCAACGAGGAUGGCUCGUUUAUCGGCCAGUAUAGUGGAAAGAGUGCCAUCAGGGAGACUGCUGAGGGCCACGAGAGCUCGGAGGCCCCCUCCCCGAUUAAUGCCAUGAACUCCUUGAACUCAUUUGUGUAAGCCAAUCAGUCGUCACAGACCGGUAUGAGGGGCUGCACGGACUCCUCAAUCCCCACAUCUCUCUUUAGAGGGCUGUCCCAACACUGCAUGGCUUUAUGAUCACAUCUCCAUCCCCAGUGUCGUACAUGAAAUGCACAUAACUCGUCUAAGACAUUUAUGUUUUCACUUGGAAGUCUUUAUGGAGAGGCUUUGGAGACCUGUGGCUCAUUAUACCUUACGCAGCAUUCAGGAAUGAAGUAGCUCAACCACACAUUUGAUUUGAACAGUGCACGCAUGAAACACCUGAUAUGACCCAAAUCCAUAUUUGAAUUUACACUUUGAUAGUAACAAGUGAAGCAUUCUCACCGGAAACCUCUUAUGGAUUAUGCAGUGCUCGUCUCAACUAUAUUGGAUUUUGUUAUUGGUUAUUAUAUCAUCUACUAUGUUCAAAUAGUAAUCAGUGUCUAAAGACUAUUACUCCAUGUUUUGUUUUUUCAACACAGAAGCUUGGACUGGAAUCUGUAUUUAAUUAUGUAAUUCAUUCAUGCAAUUCCAUCACUGCACAAGGCAGAUGUACAGUGUGUGUGUAUGUAUAUCUAAAUAUAUGUAUAUAUAUAUACAUAAAGUGAACUAUCUGUAAACUGAAUAUUGGGAACAGUGCACAAAGCAUGCUUGAGAUCUCUGCAUUGAUACAUCCUCAUCUGUCUGUUGAAUGAUCCAACUGCCCCUAUGAAGGAAGAAGCUGAAAUGCUGCAUGGCGUGUCAUGUGACCUUCUGCCCCGCAUGUAACCUCUUAUUGAGCUUGAUCUGAAGGCCAAUGGGAAAUGCUGAGGGUGCGACGGCUUGCGUCAAUCCCUGCAAUGCUUUCAGCAGGUAUAGUGCCUUUUCUUCAAAGCAUCAAUUCCAUUCUGGAGUCUCUUCCCGGAGUUCAGUGACUGGAACAGAGACAGUAGUAGGACUGCGGAAGUCACAUCCAAGAAAGGAUCAGAUAAGCUUGAGAAGAGGAGUCUGUGGAAGGACGAAUAAUUCAUAUACUCUUAUCUUUUUUUGUAAAGACGUCCCAAUGCCUUGAGACACAGGACUGGCUUUGAUUCCUCCAAGAAGCUAAGCACAACCUAAAUUGGAUCAGACUAAAACAUCAUUAAAACCACAUCUGGUGCAUUUUUCAAAGUCUGCAGUCAUUAUGUACAGAACCUGAUUGUAUUUCUGCAGUGUAUGAAUGUACGGACAUCUGUGUGUGAAUACUACACAUUAUUCAAUUCCUUUUAGGCAAAGAUCGUUCACUUGAACUAACUACACUUGAGGGCCUUUGGACGGAAUCAAGAUUUCUUUUCUCUUAACUUGCAUCAAGUUUUUUGUUUUUUUUAAUGACGUGUAGAAUAUCUGUUGAAUUUGUAAAUACCUUAAUUGAUUGUACAGGGACAAGCAGCCUAAUAGGCAAUAUUGUGCAUGAUAUGGUUUAACUUGUUGAUAGGACUGUAUUAAAUAUAGAGUACUUGUAGAAAAUAUAUAUUCUUUUUUUUUUGCUGUGCACAGUGUAAAUUGUAUUGUAACUAACUGGACAGAAAAUUGCAUAUAAAUCUGGAUUUUGAUCGUUUUCUGAUUUGCUUGUCAGCGAGUUAUACGACUUUGGUAUUGUACAACAUGUAGUAUUUAGCAACAAUAUUAAUUGAUGCACAAAACUCUAUUAUUCUGAUUUGUAUUGGUUCUACGCAGUCCCAGUUUACUGCCAAACCGAUGCUCUUUUCUGACAGUAUUGCAAAUGGUUUUGUAUUUAAGAAACAGAUUUUUACUAACAGAUACUUUCUUUGUCUCUAUUUAAGUUUCUCCUUUUAGUGCAAGUAUGAAAUUCAAGCUACUGGAAAUAUAAUGAAUGAAUAAAUAAUUAUCUGCUUUAA